AUGGCUGAUUUCGAAGUCGACCCUAGUCUCAAAGACAUUGUGACUCACGAGAGUUUGAAGUGGAUUUUUGUUGGUGGUAAAGGAGGUGUUGGUAAGACGACGACAUCGUCGUCGGUUUCGAUCCAGCUGGCCUUAAACAACCCAAACAAGAACUACUUGUUGAUUUCAACAGACCCUGCUCACAACUUGUCGGAUGCGUUUGACCAGAAGUUUGGUAAGGAGGCACGUGUCGUGGAGGGAAUUUCGAACCUGUCUUGUAUGGAGAUCGAUCCUUCCUCGUCACUGGAGGAGUUUGUUGCCUCAAACGGCACGGGUUUAGACCAAAACGACCCAUUGAACGGAAUGAUGAGCGAGGUGACCGGCUCGAUUCCCGGUAUCGACGAGGCGUUCUCGUUCAUGGAGGUCCUCAAACACAUCAAGAACCAGAAGAAUGAGGAUUCCUCGGUGAUCAAGUACGACACAAUCGUGUUCGAUACGGCCCCUACCGGCCACACGUUGCGGUUCUUGCAAUUGCCUUCCACUUUGGAGAAACUUCUCGGCAAGUUCAACGAGAUCAGCGGCCGUCUUGGUCCGCUGCUUAACAUGAUGGGCGGAGACCAAAAGACGGAGAUGUUCAACAAGCUGGCCGAGAUCAAGGCCCAGGUCACCGAGGUCAACAAACAGUUCCAGGACCCAGACCUCACCACUUUCAUUUGCGUGUGCAUCUCGGAGUUUUUGUCCUUGUACGAAACAGAAAGACUUAUCCAAGACCUCACCAAGUACCACAUGGACGUCAAUUCCAUUGUGGUGAACCAGCUGUUGUUUGCCGAGGGUGACGACUGCAAACGGUGCGCCUCGAGAUGGAAGAUGCAACGCAAGUACCUCGAUCAGAUGGACGAGUUGUACGAGGAUUAUCAUUUGGUGAAGAUGCCACUGUUGGGCAGCGAGAUCCGUGGUGUCAAGAACCUGAAGUUGUUUUCCAAGUUCCUGGUGGACCCUUACGAUCCAAAAGCCCACAAGGAUGUAGUUUUCGCGCUAGAAGAGAGAUAA